CAGGUCCGCGCGCCUGGCUCUCGCUCGCUCGCUCGCUCCGCGCGGCUCUUCCCUCUCGCGGUGUUUGGGCCGGGAAUUGCGAUCCAGCAUGGCGGCCGUGGCGCUGGGGAGGUGCUGCAGAAGACUCCUGCGGACCGGAGGCCAUGGCGGCGGCGGGACGGCGCCCUCGUCCAGCAGUGCAGGCGGUGUUAGGCACAAGUCCUCAGUGCAGUAUUUAAGUCGCCCCGACCUCCCGAAGCUGGCCUACCAGAAAGUCAAAGGCAAGAGUCCAGGGGUGGUGUAUCUGCCAGGGUUUGCCUCCACCAUGAAUGGACAGAAAGCAGUGGCCUUGGAAGACUUCUGCAAGUCGCUAGGCCAUUCGUAUUUGAGGUUUGACUACACAGGUUGUGGGGAAUCGGAAGGCGUGUUUGAAGAGGGCAGGAUAGGCACCUGGAAGAAGGAUGUGCUGGCGGUGCUGGAUGAGCUCACAGAAGGCCCCCAGGUCAGUCUUGCCUCCGCCCUGGCCCGACACGCCUCCUGCACGGCGCGUUGCGUCGCGCUCGGACCCGAGCUCCCGGGUCUGCUCCGCGUCGAGUCCCUCACGGCGCUUUUUUUUUUGUUUUUUUUUUAGGCGAGGAAAGAGAUCGAAGACAAGGGAGUGUGGAAGUUCCCCACCAAGCACAACGAGGAGGGGUUCUACAGCAUCAGCCUGGACCUCAUCCGGGAGGCGGAGCACCACUGCGUGCUGCAGAGCCCCAUCCCCGUCACCUGCCCCGUGCGGCUCAUCCACGGCAUGCAGGACCCCGACGUGAGCUGGCACACCUCCCUGCAGGUGGCCGACCGCGUGCUCAGCACGGACGUGGACCUCAUCCUGCGCAAGCACGGCCUGCACCGCAUGUCGGAGAAGGAGGACAUCAAGCUGCUGACCUACACCCUCGACGACCUCAUCGACAAGCUCACCACGCUGGUGUGAGGUCGGGGGGUCUGGUCUGAUCCCCGAAAUCUCCCGGCUCCCCCCAAAGGGCGCCGCGAGGGCAGUCCUUUUUUGAUAUGCAAUCGAAGGAGAACACCAAAGUGAACAAACUAGCAGAAAAAAAAAACAGUGUACCUUCCUCUCCUCUAAGCCUUAAUUUUUUUUUUUUUUUACUUGUGCUGUCUUUUUUACAGUCACCUUUAUCGGACAUUGAUUGCAACCACAUUAGUUUGCACCUGGAAUGCUGCUGUUUUCAUUUAAAUGACAGUCCUCAUCCUUACAUCCUGCUGGAACAGUUUUUCCCUACUGUUUUUCUUACAGAAAUAACAGAACCUAUACCUAUAUUCUAUGCUUGUGCCUGUUUGUAUGACUUCGUUUCAAAAGAAUGUGCCGUAACGUCUGUGGGUGCAUUUAAAUAAACAUGGUAUGAAGCCAGUAACAUUUUA